GGGCCGCUCCCUGGCGGCCCUGUACCGGCGGCUAGACUGCGCAUGUGUGUCAGUGGCCUUAGCGGCGGACCAGGCUGGCAGUUCCUUCCUCAGAAGGAGAGAUUCCUCUGCCAUGGAGUCCUACGAUGUGAUCGCCAACCAGCCUGUCGUGAUCGACAACGGAUCCGGUGUGAUUAAAGCUGGUUUUGCUGGUGAUCAGAUCCCCAAAUACUGCUUUCCAAACUAUGUGGGCAGACCCAAACACGUUCGUGUCAUGGCAGGUGCCCUCGAAGGCGACAUCUUCAUUGGCCCCAAAGCGGAGGAGCACCGAGGACUGCUCUCCAUCCGCUACCCCAUGGAGCACGGCAUCGUCAAGGACUGGAACGACAUGGAGCGCAUCUGGCAAUACGUCUAUUCUAAGGACCAGCUGCAGACUUUCUCAGAGGAGCAUCCUGUGCUCCUGACGGAGGCGCCUUUAAACCCACGGAAAAACCGGGAACGAGCUGCUGAAGUUUUCUUCGAGACCUUCAAUGUGCCAGCCCUCUUCAUCUCCAUGCAAGCUGUGCUCAGCCUUUACGCCACCGGCAGGACCACGGGUGUGGUGCUGGAUUCUGGGGAUGGCGUCACCCACGCCGUGCCCAUUUAUGAGGGCUUUGCCAUGCCCCACUCAAUCAUGCGCAUCGACAUCGCUGGCCGGGACGUCUCUCGCUUCCUUCGCCUCUACCUGCGCAAGGAAGGCUAUGAUUUCCACUCAUCCUCCGAGUUUGAGAUUGUCAAGGCCAUAAAAGAAAGAGCCUGCUACCUAUCCAUAAACCCCCAGAAGGAUGAGACGCUAGAGACGGAGAAGGCACAGUACUACCUGCCCGACGGCAGCACCAUUGAGAUUGGUCCUUCCCGAUUCCGGGCACCUGAGCUGCUGUUCAGGCCGGACCUGAUUGGUGAGGAGAGCGAGGGCAUCCAUGAGGUGCUGGUGUUCGCCAUCCAGAAGUCUGACAUGGACCUGCGGCGCACACUUUUCUCUAACAUCGUCCUUUCGGGAGGCUCCACCCUGUUCAAAGGUUUUGGUGACAGGCUAUUGAGUGAAGUGAAGAAAUUGGCUCCGAAAGAUGUGAAGAUCAGGAUAUCUGCACCGCAAGAGAGACUGUAUUCCACAUGGAUUGGGGGCUCCAUCCUCGCCUCCCUGGACACCUUUAAAAAGAUGUGGGUCUCUAAGAAGGAAUACGAGGAAGACGGUGCCCGAUCCAUCCACAGGAAAACCUUCUAAUAUUGGGACAUCAUCUUCACCUCUCUCUGAAGUUAACUCCACUUUAAAACUCGCUUUCUUGAGUCGGAGUGUUUGCGAGGAAUUGCCUGUGUGUAUGAGUGUGUGUGUGGGUGUGUGGGUAUGAGUGUGUGCGCAUAUGCGAGUGCCGUGUGGCCCGGGGAUCCCGGGGAUCCCAGGGAUCCCGGGGCCCAGAAAGGACGAUGAACUACCCACGAUGGUGACGGCCUGAGACCUGGGGUUGACCACUAACUGGCCCCUGACAGGGAAGAGUGCUGGCAGAGGGCCCUGCUCCGUCAGCGGGGUCUUUGGCUGGCUGUGUGGGACUAUGUUUACUACCAUAGGGAGACAGAGAGGGAGGUAAACCCAAGCCCCAGGAGACCUUGCUGCUGCCCAUCCUAGGCUGGGCCAGCCCCACCCCUACCCCACCCAGGGUGCCCUGCGGCCCAAGGCAGCUGCUGCCUCCCCUUGCUCAUCAUUCUGCUCUCAAUGCCUCUUGAUCACAGACUGAGGGCCAGGGUUGAGUUCUGUCUGGUUUUGUUGCAGUUUGGGUUUAGAAAGCUGGAAAAGCACUCCAGGAGCGGUUACUGAGACUUCGGUAUCAGGAGGGGGCAGGAUGCCCUCAUCUUCACCUGGAGACCAGGACCACACUGGGCAUUUGAGGAGAGCAGGAGUAGUGCUACUUCUGAUGGGUGGCAGAGUUAACGCUCUAACCCCCAACCCCCAUCCGGGGAUCUCGGGAGAGUUUCAGGAGCCUGUUGGCCCCAGGCCCUUGCUUUCCAUCCAUCCAUGGGCAAAGCCAUCUUCAGUUUUAUUUAUUGAAGUGUUUGUUCAGUACAGGGACUGGAGCGAGGGAGCUCACUGCCUCCUGCCCGCCAGUCACCCUGUUCACACUAACGUUUACAGCACCUAAGCUUAGCAUAGCAUCCAGGGACCCGCCACUCCCUGCUAACGGUGAACUGACAGUAUCCGUAGGCCUCAGGACCAUUUGGGAUCAGAGGCUACACUCAGAGUCACUCCAGCCUCUUUCUUUCUCCCUCUUCCACUUGCUCACCACCCUGGAAUCAACAGGCUGGUUGCUGGUUGGAUUUUCUGAAACAGGAGGUAGAAUCACCCUUUGGCAGAGGCUGCUAGCAAAGGAGGGGUGCUGGGGAUCCAGCCUCCUUAGGACUGGAGAAAGAGCUGCGAGUAAGUUGCCUUUUCCCACGCUAGCUGACCCAGGGGGGACUAGGCUGUAGAGGCGAGACAGCCCCCUCUGGGCUGAUUUGUGCCAUUCUUGUCUUUGCACUUGUUUGGUUAGGGAGGGGCCAGACCAGAGUGCCAGGAGCUGAUGGGCUCAGGCUCACCUCCUCUGGUCCAGUGGGGCCAGGUGCCUACCCUGGACUGGGCUGGCCUGGCAGUGGUCCCAAGGCUCUUCAGGCCAGAUGGUGCAAAGCUGGGGCUAGCAGAUAUUCACCGGCACCCUCACCUGUGACACCAAGACCUGCCCUGAUCCCAGAUUCCAGGCAGUAUUCUCCCCCAUGCCGUCCAACGACCAAAGGCCCUGCCAGGUGUGGGCCACAGCAGCAGGUGUGUGUGAAAGCGAUGUGGCGACCCACAGACUGCAGUGUGCUUAACCAGCUCACCUCCCCCGCCCUUAGCCCAAGCCUGUCCCUCGCACAGCCUCGCACAAACCACGUUGCCUGGUGGGGCCCAGUGUACUUAAAUAAACUCGUUCCAAUAGACACAUCA